UGUCAGAUGCGCAUUGCGCGCGCGCAUCCGUCCGCGCUAGACGUGUGUUGUGCCGUGUAUGGGAAUUAGCCACCGGAUUAAAAUGCCGAAGUUCAAGUCAGUGCUGGUAACUGGAGGCGCGGGGUACAUCGGAAGCCACUGUGUGGUAGACCUCCUGAACGCGGGAUAUGACGUCAUAGCGAUAGAUAACUUCGCCAACGCGGUCUGCGACGACGAAGGAUCCCCAGCGCUGCGACGAGCGGAACAGAUCACCGGCAAGAAGAUCGCAUUCUACAAAGCUGACUUACUCGACAAACCACAGAUCAACGACAUAUUUGAUAAGCACGAUGUGGACUGCGUUAUACAUUUCGCCGCAUUGAAGGCCGUUGGGGAGUCCAUGCAACAACCAUUACUUUACUACCAAAAUAACCUACUGGGCAUGCUCAAUUUAUUAGAGGUAAUGCGCUCCCAUAACUGCUACCAAAUGGUGUUCUCGUCAUCGUGUACGGUGUACGGCGAACCAGAGAAACUCCCCAUCACAGAAGCCCACCCUACUGGCAGCAUCACCAAUGUGUACGGCAGAACGAAGUACUUCAUAGAGGAAAUGCUGAAGGAUCUGAGCGCUGCUGAUGAGAAAUGGAACAUCAUCUCCUUGCGAUACUUCAACCCAGUGGGUGCUCAUCCCUCGGGCCUGAUCGGCGAAGACCCCACCAAGGAGUUCAGCAACCUCAUGCCGUAUAUGUCCCAGGUCGCGCUCGGCAAGAAACCCGUGCUGACCAUAUUCGGAAACGAUUAUAACACACCCGAUGGCACAGGUAUAAGAGACUACAUUCACGUAAUGGACCUAGCGAGCGGUCACGUCGCUGCACUGAAAGUGUUGAGCGACGCACACGGUAGACUAAAGGUAUACAACUUAGGAACGGGCCGAGGAGUGUCAGUAAAGGAGCUAGUAGACGUAUUCCAAAGGGUCACCAACACCAACAUUCCCAUAAAAUACGUGGAGAGGAGACUUGGGGAUAUCACGGCUAUGUGGGCUGAUGCAACACUGGCGAAGGAGGAGCUAGGGUGGACCGCUCAACACACUAUUGAAGAGAUGUGUACCGACUUUUGGAGAUGGCAGACAAUGAACCCAGACGGAUAUGCGAAAAAGCAGAAAACAACAUUCAUAGCUGUUAAUGGAAAAAGUUAAUUUAAAUAUUUAUUAAUAUAAGUACUUUU